AAAUGGUCUAGGGUGGCCGCAGCACCAUGGCGCCUUUCAGUAGCGAUUGGAUGGAGGACAACUGGCAGUCGAAGCACAUCCUGCGGGCGUCAAGUCGCUCCGCGUGGGAAGAUGCGUUGAGGCAUGUGGACUGCAAAGAGGCGAUUGUGGCUUGCAACAAGGGCCAUGCCUGGAGACAGAGCCUAAAACUUUUGCCACGGCCCUUCCUGCAACUGAAGCACCGGAACCCAGUGGUCCUGAUCAAUGGGAGCCUUAGUGCUUGCGAGAAGAGCUCAGCCUGGCUGCAUGUGCUGGACAUAGUGGAAGAGAUGAGGUUGGAAGCUCUUGAGCCCAGCCAGAUGAGCAUCAGCAGCCGCUGCCGCGCUUGGGCGCAGAACUGGCGCCAGGCUCUGCGCGAGGGCCAGCGGGGCAACGUGGUGACCCGCAAUGUGGUCACAAGCGCUUGUGAGAAAGCCCAUCAAUGGUCAAAAGCGCUGAAUGUGCUGAGCAGCAUGUCGCCUGCCAACGUGCAGCCCGAUGUCAUCAGCUACAAUGCAUCGAUCAGCGCUCUGGAGAAGAGUGCUCAGUGGACUUAUGCCUUGGCGAUGCUCAAACACCUCAGUUCUGGUUGGGGUCGCUUGCACCCCUCUGAAGUGACCUGCAAUGCCAGCAUCAGUGCAUGUGGCCGAGCAGGGGAAUGGCGGUGCGCCUUGCAACUCCUCGAGGAGAUGCCUUUCUGGCAGAUCCAGCCUGGUGUGGUAUCCUUCAAUGCGGCCAUCUCCGCAUGUGCUGUCGGCUCCGAGUGGGAAAGGGCUCUCCAGUUGUUGAGGGCGCUGCCACAGUUGCGGCUGGCGGGAAAUGUGGUCACAGCCACUGCUGCGAUCAGCGCAUGUGCCACAGCACUUGCCUGGCGGGCAGCCUUGGUGAUCUUGAGGAAGCUUUCAUCAGGAAUGAGACCAUCUGUGAUGACUUAUAACACUUUGAUCUCCGCCAUGGGUGCCCACUGGGAACGUGCCAUCGAUCUGCUUUGGCAGAUGAGGAGUUUGGGGGUCCAGCCAGACAUCGUCUCAUGCAAUGCAGUCAUCACUGCCUGUGAUCGUGCUGGAGUUUGGCAAGCUGCUCUCUCGGCAGCUCAUGGAUAUGCCAUGUCAAAUGUGACGUGCAAUGCCCUUCUCAGCUCGUGUGCGGUUGAUUGGUUGCGUGGCUUGAGCCUGCUGGAAGAGAUGCAUGGACGUUCCCUUCGCAUGGACAGCGCCUCAUUGUGCCUUAUGGGGUCUCUACCCUGGGCUGGGGCGCACUCCGCGCUGCAGACGAUGUCCCAAUGGCAGGUGCCACCCGAUGCGGCUGCUUGGGGAGCCGUGGCUUCAAGGUGCAGCGAAACAAUGCAGUGGCAGAUGGCUCUCAGCCUGGAUUCCAAUACGGCCAUCAGCACAUGCCAGAGGGCCGGCAGGUGGUCGGAGACGGUGUGCAUGACCUCAGAGAUGCGAUUGAAGAGCCAGCAAUUGGACUUGGUUUCCCUGAGUGGUGCUGCCAGUGCUAUGGAGAAAGCUUACCAGUGGCAGCAGGGCCUUGGCCUCCUGGAGUUCCUGAGGGCUCAUCAUGUUCCCCUGCAUUUCUGGAGUUUCAGCCUCUUGAGCGCCUGUGAGAAGUCUGCACGCUGGCGCGAAACCUUGGCACUGGCCACGUUCCAGGAGCGCGCGGAGCGGACGCCGGUUUCCGCCGGUGACGUGGGCUAUGCAGAGAAUGCGCAGAUCAGUGCGUGUGAGAAGGCCCACCUUUGGGUUCAGGCCUUGCAGCUGCUUGGCUCGACCACAUCCCCGGACGUCAUCAGCUUCAGUGCUGCCCUGAGCUCCUGUGAGAAGGCUGGUCGAUGGCAGGAAGCUGAGCUGCUGUUCGUGGCACUGAGCGGCCAGGUGCUUCCCAACUUGAUCACAUUCAAUGCAGCCAUCAGUGCUUGUGAGAAGGGAGAGGCGUUGAGAGCAACCAGGCUUUGGAGGUAGUUCAGUGGAUCUGGUGCAGAACAUGAACCAGCAGGCCGAGGCCACCAAGAGAUUGCUCCUCCAGCUGAGUCUUUGAUUUCGAUGUCAAAUCCUCAUGCUCGUCAUCACCAUCAGGUGCUACACUCCGCACCGUUGACCUUCCCGACGUGCAAGCAGAAUGUGUGGAGACAGUUGAGAUGGCUAUGAUAGAAGAGCGAGCCUGCAGCAGGCCUCUUCGUGUGCCUCAAGGAAACAGAUCGCAGUGCCUCUACCUGGCAUGGGAGUGUCAACUCACUGUUCAAAAGCACGGACCUUUGUGAAGCAGCGGGUCAGGGGCG